AAGCACUUACACAGUUCUCUUAAAAGACCCCGGGGGAAAUUUUAUUCUAGGUUUUACGACGGUCUUUCGAACCCUUUCAUCUUGCCUCGUCGUUGUCGCCGUCCGUCUCAAUACUCGGGUCGGCUUCCUACCUCCUCCUGUAAGCGCGAGUUAGCUUACGAUAAGGAGUAGUUCCUUGGUUUCCCGCCUUCUUCAGCUGGGUCUCCCUCGCGGAUUCGUUGCGGAGACUGCGGAUUUUGCGUCCUAGGGCUUUUUUGUUCUGACUUCAUAGGGUUUCCUUCUUGAUUUUUUCUUAUUUUUUCGAUAUAAUGUUGAGUGGGACACCGGAUCCACUGGAGCGGUGGAUCGGUGAUGGGUUAGCCGCAUCGGCGGCGUUGGAGGAGGAACAAGGGAUAGACCAUUUCGAUCGGCUGCCGGAUUCGAUCCUCCUCGUCAUCUUUAAUCAUAUUAAAGACGUAAAGGCGCUUGGGCGCUGCUGCGUUGUCUCCCACCGCUUCCACUCACUUGUACCCCUUGUCGAUAACGUUUCUGUCCGCAUCGACUGCGUCGUCUCCGACGAUCUCUCCACGUCGCCUUCCUCCUCUGGCUCUUCAGCUGCUGCAGAGAAGACUCGAAGCGUUUUCUCUCACUUUGCGCGCGCUUUCCUGGGUGGCAUCGUUCGCCCAAUCUAUGCCCUCGGUCAGAUCCUCUCCUCUUCCCCAUCCAAGCGCCUUUCGUAUGUGGAAUCUUCUUUCUCUGAAGUUUCCCACUAUUCGCCAUCCCAGGUCCUCAAGAGCUUCAAGGAGAUUCGCCGCCUGCGGAUUCAGCUCCCUGCAGGCGAGCUAGUAGUCAAUGACGGGGUACUUCUUAAGUGGAAGGCUAACUUCGGAUCCACCAUCAACAGCUGCGUUAUACUCGGUGCCUCCUCCGUCAUUUCCUUGUCAUCCCCAUCCCUGUCCACCCAAUUCGGGAGCCCUAACCCUGCUCCUGAUCUCUGCAGUGGAGAAGACAACAAUAGCAUCCCUGAAUCUUUCUAUGUCAAUGGAGGCCUCAAGCUUAGAGUUGUGUGGACAAUCAGCUCCCUGAUUGCUGCCUCGGCCCGACACUACCUCCUCCAGUCAAUUGUCAGUGAUCAUGAGACAUUGGAGUUUUUGGAUCUCACCGAUGCAGAUGGCCAGGGGGUGCUGAGCAUGAAUAGACAUCAGCUGCAGGAGCUAACAGUGAACCCGGUCUGCGCAUCAGGUUCAUCACAGAGGACAUUAAUGCCUGCACUCAGCAUGAGGCUGUGGUAUGAGCCACUGCUCGAGAUUCCCUGUGGAAUGAUGCUGAAGGGGGCUACACUGGUGGCUAUCCAGCCCAGUGAAGAGAGGUCGAGAGAAAUGAUGUCUGGUGGAAGUUGCACUAGUGACGUGGCGCCUGAUUUGUCUUGGGUCUCAAAUGCAUUUGAGGAGCCAUACAAUAUUGCGGCAAGCAUGUUGAUGGAGAGGAGGUCAUAUUGUCUUGAGAUGAAUUCUUUCUAAAAGCUUUGAAGGAUCCAUGAAAGUUCCCUUGGGAGGUUACAAGGAUUAUGAAUAUGAGAAGGAAGAGCUAUUCAUUCAUGUAUGAAGGGAAAGAAGAGAAAUCUCGGAAUACCAGGUGAUGAACAUUUUUACCACUGAAAGAAAAUACAGUUACUGACAUUGCUGUGGCUGCUGUAUGGUAUCUUGUGAGCCAAAGAGAGAACUUGGAUGCUUCGUUGAAGCCUUCUUGAGGCUCCCCCCACCUGGACUUGCUGCCAGUAAGGUUGUGUGAUCUCAAGUGAAUACACUCUACAUGUUUUGCAUCGUAAAAUUCAGUUUUUAUUUAUUUUAAUUGGUGAAGCGCAAUCCAUUUUUAAUUCCAGUUCA